AUGUCGACCUUGCACGAUCUCGAGCUCGACAGUGCGUCCUAUGUCGAGCUAUUGCGUAAACUUAUUGGUGUGUCCGAGAAUGUCCAGAAUGCGCCAAGUUUAGGUCUGAUUCCGCAAGAAAAUCUCGUAUCGGAUAUUGUCCUGGCGGAGCUCGAGCCGUAUACAAAGGCAAAGGGUGGAUACUUAACGACCGAGCGGGUGGAAUUUGUAAAGGGACGGGGAAAUGUCAUCAUUACGUACGAAUAUCCGGAUAUUAUCCAAAGUGACCGGACAAUUGCGUUUGUCGGUGCCCAUAUGGAUGUUGUACCUGCUAAUCCUGAAGGGUGGGAGAGAGAUCCAUUUAGUCUCACUAUUGAAGGGGAUAAAUUAUACGGACGAGGGACGACGGAUUGUUUGGGACAUGUGGCUUUGAUGACGGCUUUUUUCAAACAGCUGGCAAAACAGCUGGUUCCAGUAAAGUCCACAGUUGUAUGCGUACUUAUCGCCUCGGAGGAAAAUUCAGAAAUUUCAGGCAUUGGAAUUGAAACUUUGAUGCAAUCUGGCAAACUUGAAUUUGUGAAAAAAGGACCGGUGUUUUGGAUUGAUUGUUCCGAUAGUCAACCGUGUAUUGGCACCGCUGGGGUGAUUACGUGGACACUUAAAGCAACGGGCAAAUUGUUUCAUAGUGGAUUACCCAAUUUAGGUAUCAAUGGGAUUGAAUUGGGCAUGGAUGCACUUUGUAACAUUCAGGAACGAUUUUACAAUGAUUUUGGACCGUUGGAGAUGGAAAAAGAGUACAAUUACUCGUGUCCAUCGACGAUGAAACCUGUACGAAUUACGUCGUCGACGAACGGACUGAAUCAGAUUCCGCCAUGGGUCGAAAUCUCGGGUGAAGUGCGUCUGUCACCGUUUUACGACAUGGAGGACUUGAUUGCCAAGGUGCAGUCGUAUGUUGCUGAUCUGAACGCCAACAUCACGUCACUGGAAGGCAAGCGUGGACCAGUGUCCAAGUACAGUUUACCGGACGAGAACUGGAACGGCAAGCUGGAGAUCACGUUCGACAAGCAGUACAUGGAGGGUAUUGCCUGUUCGCUUGACUCCGUUGGCUACAAGUCGCUGUACGCCGCCGUUGCCGAUGUGCUAGGUGAAGCCAAGCCGUUCUCCAUUAGCGGAAGUCUACCACUUGUGCGCGACCUACAGCGUGCAGGGCUAGACUUGACACUGACGGGUUUCGGCAAGAGCUCCGUCUACCAUGGCGACAACGAAUACUGCCAGCUGAGCGACAUGGAGAACGCCAUCAAGAUUCUGGCGCGCACGAUCGCCAAUGUCGAGGCCUCCACCACGUCGUAA